AACCAUUGAACCGCUAACUCGUUAAAUCAUUCAAUUUAUUGAUAGGAUUGGCGAAAUUGAAACCUGCGAUAAUAAUUUUGAUUGGGACCGAAUCGCGUCAAUCAAAUCUUAAACAAACAAACAUUCACUUUCGUUUACUGAUAAUUGAAUAUUGAUGAUAAUCAUUGCCAUGAACAAACAAGAAAUGUUGCUCUCGAAUUUCACAUAGGGAAUGCUGCCUAUUCAUCUUUUCAAAAAAUAAUCAGCAAACAUAGUGAAGCAAUCGCUAAUCAAUAAUCAAACAACAUCACCACAUAUACAUUGACGACAAAUCGUAUAUUUUGCUGGUUGAUGACAAUAUUUCGUGUGAAUGCAAUUAUCGAGAAAAGGUCAAAGCAUUUGUUGUAACCAAAAUGUCCAAUCUUUCAAUCUAUAUCGUCCUGUUUGCCAUAGUAUCAUCGUGGUCGAUGAUAGUGAGGACCGAAGCUAAACAAAAGGAUGGAAAAUUUGCCACCGUAUUGGAAGAAUAUCAUACAACCAUCAAAUGUGUGGUGAAUAUUGCGGAGGAAACGAUUCCAGAAUUGGAUGAUUUUGUAGCAUGUUGUGGAUUUUGGGCCAUAAAUGAUUGGCUUCAAAACAAAGUGAGCGAAGAAUGCGAAGAAGAUAAUGUUAAACAAGUAAAACAUCUAAGUGGUCUGGUCGAACCGAAAGUCCGUUCGCAUUGUACAGCAUAUGAACGUGGAUCCUUUACCUGUCGAAUGUUGGUGAUAAUGCCAUUGGUAAUGAUCAUAUUGAUCAUUCUCACUAGCAUUUCUCUCUGUAUUUGUGCUCAUGUUUCAUUUUACAAAUGGAUCCAAGUACGACGCAAAUAUCGUCGUGUCGUUAAUCUCCAAUCACAAGCGGAUGAGUCAAUCUUAUCGUCAAAAAUGCUCAACGAAAAAAGAAAAAAUCUAAACAAUGAUUAUGAUCAUUCAACUCGAUACCCGAAUCGACCAUAGAAAACACCAAUUGUUUGAGCCUGUAAAUAUGGAAACAAAAGCGAUUGUUUGACUGAUAUGAACAAUAGUAAAAAUAAUGAU